ACUUGUCAGAAACACCGCUCAAAAUAUACAGAUCACUCUAUUAAUGGCCAUGUUCUCCGCUCAGCUUUCUGACUCCCCCGACCAGCCCGAGUCGAGUUCUUUCUCCGACGCCAGCGUCACCACCCUGCCGGCUUCUUCCUCCGACGAAAACGUCAUAUUGGCGUCGAGCCGGCCGAAGAAGCGCGCUGGGAGGAGGGUUUUCAAGGAGACGAGGCACCCGGUUUACAGGGGCGUGAGGAGAAGGAACAACAACAAGUGGGUAUGUGAGUUGAGAGAACCCAACAAGAAGAAGUCAAGGAUUUGGCUUGGAACGUAUCCGACGGCUGAGAUGGCUGCUCGUGCCCAUGACGUGGCGGCAUUGGCGUUCAGAGGGAAGCUUGCCUGCAUAAACUUUGCUGACUCCGCAUGGCGCCUGCCCUUGCCGGCUUCCAUGGACACCAUGGAUAUCCGAAGGGCAGCCGCUGAGGCCGCCGAAGGGUUCAGGCCAGCGGAGUUCGGUGGAUUAUCCAGCUGCAGCAGUGAUGAGAAGGAGAAGAAUUUUAGCGUGGAUAUGGAAAAAAGCAGCAGCUUGUGCUUGUUUUAUUUUGAUGAGGAGGAAAUGUUUGAUAUGCCAAGGUUGAUUGACAACAUGGCUCAAGGGCUUCUUCUUUCUCCACCUCAAUGCUCAGCUGGCUACUUGAAUUGGGAUGACAUGGAAACUGAAGCUGAUGCCAAAUUAUGGAGUUUCUCUAUCUGAUUGAUGUUUUUUUAGUCAAUCUGUAUUCAUUUGUGUGUUUUUCAUUGGAUUUAUUUGUUCAUGUGUGAGUUGCUGAUAAAGAUUGUAGGUGUUUUUUUUUCCUUGUUACAAUCUUUAGAGUUUUGGUGUGUAUUUUGUUCGAUUCAUAUGUAUUUAUUUGUUCAUGCGUGACUCGAAGAUAAAGAUUUUUAUUAAGUGGAUAAUAUUUGUAAAUUAAAGCAUGUUACUGUUGCUCUAAUAGAUAUUUAGUUGUGUUAUAGAUAUUUAGUUUUUUUUUUUUGGUUCGAAAGAUAUUUAGGAUGUACAAAGUCUCCUCAGAGCCAAGAAAUAAAAAAAAGAGAUGUACAAAAGUUUUCUUA